AACUUCACAGCAGUGAAACGUUGCAUGUCGUAUUAAAUUGUUUUCUCAACAAAAACCCUAAACAUCGGUUUGGUUGGCCCGUGAACACAGCCGAGUGUCCCUCCAUCAUGUCCGGCGUCCAGCUGCUCAGAGAGCUGGUUACCGAGCGGCUGUCUGCAGCCGCUGAGGAGAUCUUCGCGGCAUUCAAAAACACACUCGCGAGCUACGAGGAGGAGAUCCUGCUCUCCAAACGGGAGAUCCACCGGCAGCGCGCGGAGCUGCAGACACUUUUAUACCCCAAAAUAAAGAUUAAAAAACGUUCAGACCAACCACAGCUGGCUCUCUCCGGGUGGGACGAGGACUUCCCUUCUGACCAGCACCAGGAAGAACACUGUGAGCAGGAGUGGAGCUCCGCAUUGGACCAGGAGCCUCCACAAACUGAGAAAAGCCAGGAGGAUGAGGAGCAGGAGGAGGAGGCGGAGGAGGAGGAGGACACCAUCAAGGUCAUCUUCACUCCUCCUUGUGUGAAUAAUGAGCUGGACCAGGAUAAAGCAGAUCCUCUCCCGAGCACUUCCACGGUAGAGGCGGAGACUGAAGUUGAAGGCAGAGCGUACUCCGGCUUUUCUGCGGUGGAGAAAGACAACAGCGGUGAGGAGUGGGCGGGCAGCGGGGGGUCUCAGAGCGAAGAGAGCGACGAGGACUGGAGGAAAAGGAAGGCGCCUCGUCCGAUGGUGUCGAAACUGCACCCAGGUAAAAAAGCAAAAUCGCAAAUUUGCUGUAAAGUCUGCGGGAAGGCGUUCCAUGCUAACAUCUCGUUGGUGAACCACCUGAAGGUGCAUCCGAAGGAGGUCUGCGGCGUGUGCGGGGAGCGCUUCGAGAGUGAGGAGAGUUUUCGAGAUCACCUGACAUCGCACGUGAAAGCGGAAGUCUGCGGCGUUUGUGGGAAAUGUUUCGGCUCCUCCAGCUCUUUGCAGACGCACAUGAGGGUCCACACGGGGGAGAAACCGUUUAACUGCAGCGAGUGUGGGAAAUCCUUCAACUGCCGCCACAACAUGAUGCGACACAUCCGGAUACACACUGGGGAGAAACCCUAUUCUUGCACUAUGUGCGGGAAAUGUUUUAAUGACGACUCCACGUUGAAACGCCACCUGCUGGUUCACGUGCACAAGAAGAAACGCAACCCAAAUAACGAAAGUGAAAAUGGCAAAGACAGUAAGGAUGAAAAGACGUUGACGUUAUCAAAAAAGCAGCAGACUCGGACAAUAUGUGAAGUGUGUGGUAAAAUGUUUCACUCCAUGAUUUCUCUGGUGAAUCACGCUAAAAGUCACGCCACGGACCUCUGCGGUGUUUGCGGGACGCACUUCGACUCCGAGGCAAACUUAAAACUUCACAUGAAAACUCACAAAAGCGGGAAGGUGUGCGAGGUGUGCUUGAAGUGUUUCGUCAGUCAGAAAGACCUGGAGAUCCACAUGAGGACCCACACGGGGGAGAAGCCGUUUCUCUGCAGCGAGUGCGGAAAAUCCUUCAACUGCUGCCACAAUAUGAUAAGACACACCCGGAUUCACACCGGGGAGAAACCUUACAUGUGCAACAUCUGCGGCCGCUGCUUCAGCGACCACUCCGCGCUGAAGCAGCACAGCAGCACGCACACAGGGGAGAAACCGCACCGCUGUGAGAUCUGCGGGAAAAGUUUCCACCGUAAGACGUACCUUAAACUGCACAUGAAGAGCCACAAGACUGAGAAGUGACUGAUAAAUAAGGUGGUGUGUAGCAGAGUCCUGCCCGGGCCUCAUUUUCAAGAUGUGCCCCUGUACCGCAAAGUUCAAUGGAGUGGUGACCUGAUAGAUAUUUAAUUUGACUAUAAGUCUUAUCCAACACCCACAAUCCUACCAGCAUUUUCCUUUUUUUCCUCAGACCUGCAACCAGAAAUACAAUUAUACAAAAUAUUUUUGUGAAGCUGAAAACAUCAUGUUGGGACAUAUUUGUGAAAUGCACUUGAAAUGGUUCCUUGGUUUAUUUGGAAAGCAAAAGGAGGCUCACUCAGCCUGCCUCCGUUUUACAACCUCGGUUUCUUUAAUUUCUACAAACUAAAGGUGACACUGAACCACAUUAGCUCUUUUGAUAAGCAGGUGCAUAAGCUCAUAUAAUUGUGGUUCUGCAGUGUUCCCACAUGCCAAACCAGUUUCCUCCGCUUACAUCUGCAGAUAUCACCUUGAAUUCCAGUGUCAUUGUGUUGCUGGCAGGCACUGCUGUGAUGACCACACCCAAAAUGUAACACACAAUGCAAUGAAAACUUUUUAAAAAGUGCAAGAGGUGAAAUGAAAGUGAAAUUUAAAUGCACUUUUAUGAAGUUUCCUCCCAAAGCUUGAAGGUGGUUAUAUAAGGCAGAGUGAGCUCACAGCCUUCACUCUUGGUGGAACGAAGGGAAGUGAUACUGACACCAACAUGCAGUGCAACUGGGCUGAAUCAAAUCAAAUCAAAUCAAAGUUUAUUUAUAAAGCACAUUUAAAAGCGA